AUGAAAGGUUUUAGAGAUUGGGUUUUAUCGCAAAUAGUUUCCAAAUCAUUGGUAUCGCCCACGCCGUUAUCAGGCGGUAAUGGUUUUUACGAGGAAGACCGUCCCAGUGAAGAUCUUAAUGAGCAAGCUCCCACAGCUAAUAGUGUAGCAUUGCCGAUUCCAUCUGGCACAUCAAACUCUUCUGCCAAUCAGAGUAAUCAGAGUAAUUCCACACCGCAACAAGUUUCAGAUGUAGAAAUUUCUCAAUCUCAAGAUAGCGGUAAUGGGAGACGGAAGGAUACUUUGGCAAAGGUUGAGGAUCUCCAAGUUAAGUUUUUCCGCCUGCUCCAGCGCCUCAAUCAGUCAAAAGAAAACCUCUUGGUUACAAAGGUUCUUUAUCGGAUGCACCUGGCAACUUUGAUUCGUACCGAAGAAUUGGAUCUGAAAAGAGUUAACCUUAGUAGCAGUAGAGCCGGAGCAAUAGCAAAUCAUCAGGAAGCGACUGGGAUUCCCCAAUUGGAGUUCUCCUGCAGAAUACUUGUCCUUGGUAAAACAGGAGUUGGUAAAAGUGCUACCAUAAACUCUAUUUUUGAUCAAGAAAAAGCCACAACUAAUGCUUUUCAACCUGCUACUGAUUGCAUCCAAGAAAUUGUGGGAACUGUAAACGGGCUUAACAUAACGUUUAUUGAUACCCCUGGUUUCCUGCUUUCAUCUCCCAAUAGUGUGAAGAGAAAUAAGAGGAUCAUGCUGUCUGUGAAGAGAUUCAUUAGGAAAUCUCCUCCAGACAUCGUUUUAUAUUUUGGACGUCUUGAUCUUAUCAAUUCUGGUUAUAGUGACCUCCCACUUUUGAAACUCAUAACUGAAGUAUUUGGUAGAGCAAUCUGGUUCAACACUAUCCUAGUCAUGACUCACUCUUCCUCAGCUAUUCCAGAAGGACCUGAGGGAUAUACUGUUAAUUAUGAUUCAUAUAUAUCUCAAUGUACUAAUCUAAUACAGCAGUAUAUACAACAGGCAAUGUUAGAUUCAAGGCUUGAAAGCCCUGCACUUUUGGUUGAGAACCAUCCUCAGUGCCCAAGAAAUAUUACGGGGGAGAAAGUUCUUCCUAAUGGACAGGUUUGGAGAUCUCAACUCUUGUUAUUUUGCAUUUGUACCAAAGUUCUGGGCAAUGUAAACUCCCUCCUUAAGUUUCAGAAUGGCGUAGAACUAGGACCAGCAAAUAAUGCCCAAGUUCCUUCUCUGCCUCAUCUUCUUUCGUCCCUGUUACGUCAUCGCCCUGUAUCCAAUCAAAGUGGAAUUGAUGAUGAAAUGGAGGAAAUUUUACUUUCAGACAAGGAAGAAGGAGAUGAGUAUGAUCAGCUUCCAUCCAUACGAAUAUUGACAAAAUCCCAGUUUGAAAAGUUGCCCCAUCAACAUAAAUCAAAGCAGUAA